AUGCAGGAAGCUCCCUUUUCUUGUCAGCUGCGACUAUUGAGGAACCAAGAUGUUCGCCGUUAUGGUUGCUCCGGGGAAACCACAGGCGGGACAGGCAGAGAAGGCAUCCGCAACAUCUUUCGCGACGGUGACUCCCGCUGGAACAAGUGGUACGAUCCGGCCUACGACGGAGCUUUUCCAAGAUACGCCCAAGUCACACUUGAGGAAUCUUUGGAAGUGGUUGGAUAUGGUAUCAAGAGUGCGAAUGAUGUGCCUUGGCGCGACCCGGCUUCCUGGCAACUAAUGCUUGGAAGAGACAAUGGGAACAUUGUUAGAGAAGUCCAUUCGGUCUCGGGCCAUCGAUUCGACAGACGAUACGAGACGCAUUUGUUUGUCGUCUCGGCGGCGGGCAAUGUCACCACCCAGACGGACCUUGUGCGCUUGAACAUUACGGAGGUCAACUCUUUGCAAAGUGGAACGCAAUUUGCUCAGUUGUACGUCAUUGUCAAGCAACAGGAGGCAGAAGAGCAGAACGCAAGACAAAGAAAGCGACGACGCAGGAGAAACCGUGGAAAGAAACGAAAACCUGCUGGUGGCUCCUCAUCUGGUGGAAACUUCAGCUUGGGCCGUCUCUGGCGUUGGUAA